CAUGCAGGACUGAAACACAGUGAUGUUUUCAUUAUCUGUGGUCGGCUGAAAAGCCGAUGCCACAGGGACCUCCUGGCGGUAUUGUUGGUAUCUUGGGAGUUGUGGUGGUGGCCGGUCUGAUUGUAGGAGUAGUGGCCACAAUAUGUAUGGUGUACAGGAGAGGACAGAAGCCCCGUACAGAAACAGACAACGACCUCAUUGCAGUGGCUGAUAGCUGUGUGACAAAGCCAGAGGCCCCUGGGACUGAGGCCCCAGAGAAGCCUGAAUCCACAACCAGGACUGACCUCCCCCCUGCUCAUAAGCCGGCCCCUCCGCCACCCAAGAAAAAGAGCAGCGACAUGAAAGGCGGCCUGACGUCUGACGAGAUCCAGGUUGUUCAUCUGGACAGGGAGGAUGAGAUACAGAAGAUUCCUCUCCAGCCUCCAUACUAUGACAUGGCACAGUCUGAGUCCACCGCGUUCACCGAUAAGCCGAACUCUGGGAACGAAGAGUUACCGAACCCAGCUGACUAUGUGAGCAGCCAUCACCCAGGCAACCAGGAACAAUUUGUUGAACCUCCACCUCCUUCUGCCUACCCCCCUGUUACCUUCCUGCCCCAGAAACCUUACACCCAGCACCCUACUAAUACCCCCAUGUACACGUUCCAGCCCAACGCUGCCCCUCCCGGCCCCCGACCUCCGUUUAACUACCCCAAAGAGCAGUCCGUCUAGACCCAUGACUGUCUGAGUUGGAAGACGCCCCAUUGCCCCAUACAGGAUAGCCAUUACGCGUCACACCUGGAGAGAACAACACUUCCUUCCUCAUUACUGUUGUCCUGCGCUGGCCACAUCAGGAUGCGGACGGUCUCUCGGAACAGUGAAUAAAAAUGUCAGUAGUUUGUGGACCUGAAACCGUGUGUGUUGUGCACUGCAUGUUUCACUAUGAGGCUGUGGUUAGGACCCCUAGUCUUGUGCUGUAAAUAUAGAAACACCGCACCACAACUGUAUACCCUCCCUCCCCUCACAACAGCACACCUCACUUCUCCUGAACACAGGGUAUCAGCCUUCACUCUGCCUAAACCUGUCUUAGAUCUUUCCCUCCAUUAUUUAAAUUCUGCCAAGUGUCUGACCAUUGACAGUGUUUCAAGAAAUUGUCACCCAAAAGGGAACGUUCUGUCAUUAUUUAUGCACGCUCAUGUCAUUUCAAAGCAUAUGUUGGUAUUUUUUUUCUAGAGCAUAAAGAUGAAUGUUUGAAUAACCUUCUCGCAGCUCUUUACUGGGAAACGGUUCAAAGUAAUUAAGUCUGUCAGGUUCCAAAAAGGACAACAAACUUCACAGAAGUACCAUAAAUGUCAUGUGGACCAGUUUUAUGGUUCUUUUGUAUAGUUUUUUGUCCUUUUUAGAUCUUGUAUGGAAAAAGAACCACAUGAAGGAUAUUUAAAGGGCCUCAAACUCCUUAAAAGUACCAUUAAUGUCGUAUGGACCAGUUUUAGGGAACUUUUCGGUUAUUUUUUGACCUUUUUAAAUCUUGUAUAGAAAACUGUGCAAAUGAUAUUUGAAAGGUAUUCGGUCUCAAUAGAUGUACCAUAAGUGUCAUAUAUUUAUUUUUUAGUGAAAAGGGGUUCUUUAGAUUU